AUGGUGUUUGUGCUUGUGAUUGGGGAUUUCCACAUCCCUCACCGCGCCAGCAGUAUUCCAAAGGCUUUUACAGACAAGCUGGUCCCUGGGAAAAUCCAACACAUUUUGUGCACGGGCAACCUGGUCACUCGUGACACAUUCGACUACCUGAAAACACUCGCAUCAGACGUGCACGUCGUGGCGGGCGACUUUGAUGAGGACACAUACCCAGAGGAGAAGACAGUGCGCAUUGGCGACUUCAAGAUUGGCCUCUGCCAUGGACACAAAGUCGUCCCUUGGGGCGACCACCAAAGUCUGAGCACGGUGCGGAGGCAAAUGAACGUCGACGUUCUCAUCAGUGGACACACACACGCGUUUGAGUCGUUUGAGGAGGACGGACACCUCUUCCUCAACCCCGGCUCCGCCACAGGUGCAUACUCGGCCACGCAGACUCAGGUCACCCCCUCCUUCGCCCUCAUGGACAUCCAGGGCCCCAAGAUCAAGAUCUUUGUGUACAAGCUGGUUGGCUCGGAGUUUCAGGUGGAGAAGAUCGAAUACACAAAGGGCGGCUCUGCGUAA